AUGAAUACCGGCGUCUUCGCUGUUGUCCUUGCUCUUUUUGCUUCAGCUCCCGUUCAAGGAGUAAAGAAAUGCGAAAAGAUCGAUACCUGUCGUUGUUUAACCGAUGAAGGAGAAAUAAACCUCUGGAGUCUUGCAGGACAGGCGCCGCCGAAACGUGCAAGGUAAACUAUCCAAUUUACUGAAAAUAAAGCUGUAAAAUGUGAUGUCUUAAUAACUUUAUUUCACUACUAAUAAGGCGUAAUUCGGAUACGAAGUUAGAAAAUUACAACGAGACUGGCUUUGUUUAGAUCUAAGAAUUUCAAGAAAGACUCCCACUGCUAUACAAGUAUAUUAUAACAAUAAUUAUUGGAAAUGUUUUUCGACCAUUGACCAUAGUUUGGCUCACAUUUUGUUUGCACCACAAGGUUUCAGGAGCGGAACAGUCAUUUUUUUUACGUUCCUUUCGUCGUGAAAUCAUAGCUUUAUUCUCAUGGUUUCGCUGCGCUUAUUUGUGGAGCGAAGAAAGGGGCAUGACUGAUCCUUCCAUCAACGGUCGAAUGUACACCGCAUUUAACCUCUGAUCUCUUUGCUCUUUGGUUUAGCUAUCCGAGAGAAACCUGGGAAGUAAAAAUGAGAGCGUGGUGUGGGUUUUUUACUUUUACUUAGUAAAUAUCGCGCCACAUAAUAAUCAAAACAAUAUCUUAGGUUAGCGUAGAGUAUCAUUUCUUUUUCACACGUGCAAUGUUAAUCUUCACUCUUCAGCUAUUCGAGAGAAAGCUGGCUUUCUGGAAAAAUAUCAUCACUUCUUCCCGCGAAUUCACAGCGUAAGCCCUGAACACGCUAGUCUCGCGCGGCGCGUAGAAAACACUGAAGGAAUUUUUAAAACGCUCUUCAUAAUUUCGCUAGUUAAUCCGGCCUAUCCGAUAAUCCUUUAAAUACCUGACUUGGACGACUGAUUAAAAUGUGUAUUGUAGUAUUUAUUCCCAAGAGGUCACUUCCGAUCCGCUGUUUUUAAAAUUCAACUGAGCACGUUGGCCGAUAGGAUAGAUAUUGUAGCAAGUUAAAGUUUUAUAAGGGAAUUUUUUUAAUUCACAGCGCAUCCCUAUUACCGUUCAAUAUUCACAAAGUCGAAAGCUAGUCCUAAAGAAGGCCUUAUCAAUAUUUAUCUAUUCUAUUGGCCGCUUUUUAGCAACCUGUGGCUAGAAUGCCCGACACUUAUUUGCAUCUCAUUUUCAGUAUUCCCAAACUUCUUUCUACAAAACUUUUAAGAGGAAUGAAGAACGUCUUUUACUAAAAGUUGUAUCUAGAUCAUUGUAAGCCAGGAUUCAAUGAAGUUUCUAUAAAGAAUUAUUUCUUGAAGAGUCGACUUUUUUUGGCAUCCGUUGCCGUUACGUUGUGUUAUUAUGUCCAGAUAAACGUAUUCCUCUUCUAUUCUUCUUUUGUCUGCUCCCAACAAAGUACUCGUAGCGUGGCUUUGAUAGAUCACCUGUCCCAUUGUCCCGUUAGCUUUUUGUUAAUAAGAGCGCGAAUAGUAAAUACGACGAAACUGCGGCCUUCUUUCUGCGUUAGGCAAUGUCCACAUAGCCUGGGGACACAGGCGUAUUUCCGGUCGUCGCUUCUUUCCACCCAUGCCAAAAAGCGAAUCCGGGCAUUUAUUUUGAAACCGCAUAUUUUUAAUCCGGCGCGUAGGUGUGGAUGGGGCUAGACUACGAGUAGUCCCUCAUUUUUCUUCAGGGAUAGUAGAGCGAGCGGAACGCAAGCGCGCGUGAAAAUCACCCCACGCGAGAAAAGGCGACACGAUGGGGCCUUGAAGUACCCUGGAGUCACCUAACCACCAGAGAUCAGGCUCUAUUUUCGUUUCGCUUUGAAAAUAACAUUCCGACGGGCAAGGCGAAACGAAAAUCGGUUUUAGCGGUAGCCGUUAGAGAGAAUGUAUGAGAACCGCUAAAAUUGGGCCUGAUCUUAGGUUAACUCUGGAGAGUGGUUUAAACAUGUUAAAAAGAUGCAGUUUCGGUGAUUCGUGUGGGCGGAAGUCCGAUUCGUGUAAAAAAAUGUGUGUUUUCAAAAAUAAUCCGGAUUCGUGUAGAGGGAGGCGUUAGACUUGAAGGCUCACAGAUCACAGAGAGGGGAAAGAGCGUUAAACAGCAUCAUUUCUAUUACUACCAGCUGUUUUCUCUGGAGAAGACGACAGGCACAACUGACGAGAGGUAGCCUGUCAGAGACGUUUUUCGUUUUUCUUUUUUCUAUUUCUCUUUUCCAAUUUCCCUUCCCCUACCCCCUUGCGCUUUCGUUCAAUAAAUCCCUUGUUAUCAAGCUCGCUCCCAGGGUCCUCUCGAGUAGGAGAGGGCCCGGGGAACGAGGUUGAGUCUCGAGGUUGUGACAAUGUAACAUCGACCCGGGGGAGGUUUUGUAUCCGCCUUGUUAGUGAAAACAAGGGUUUGUGGGGAUUGCUCAGUGUCGCGGGUUCACAGAACCUCCCUUAGGUGAAUCGUAUUUCGUAUUUACGAGUCUCGAAGACUAGAAGGUCGGGAACACCUUAGGCGAGAGACAGUCUCGUUGCAUGCAACCUUUAGUUUUUUAAGUCUCUACUGAUUUAACCAACAGAUUUAACAUUUCAAGUUCCUCCUCUUCCUCGACUUUCUACCAGUGGAACCCCUGUAGUGCAUGGACAGCUCAAGGCCACCCUUGUGAAGAUGCCGCGGUAAGUAGAACUUUGCCCUCGCGUUGUGCGUGAAAAAAGAGCCCAAGCCACCGCCACCACGGCAGUGGAAACUUCAUUUAAAAUGUGAAUUCUCGCUGUUUUAAAUUUCAUCGCUAUAUUACACAAGUCAAGUCAAGUCAAGUCAAUCUUUAUUUAAACACGGUAAAAUCCAUCAGGAAUUUAAAAAAUUAAAAAUAACCUAACUAUCCUAAACAAAAUUCAAAACCUGACUACAACUAAUCUAACUAAAACCUGUUUUUCAUGAAUGCCGUGUAUAACAUUAAAAAUGAACAUUAACUAAUCUUUUAAAUUGACUAAGAGAUUCGGCUUCUCUCACAUGACAGGGUAGGCUGUUCCAGAGAACUGUUCCGCUAUAAGUAAAGCUGUUUUUCAUGAAAUUAGUUCGCGGAAAUGGGACAAAUAGUUUGUUAACAGAGUCCCUCAGGGAGUAACGCGUUUCAUUUCGUUUAACAAACUUAGAUGAUAAAUAUUCAGGAACAAGGCCAUUUAAAGACUUGUAUACCAUUAUGGAUUUCUGUAUUUGAAAUUGAGUGCUCAAGUCUUUCCAAUCGAGUUGUCUAAUCAAACGGUUAGCAUCAGCAUCAUAGCUAGAGAAGGUUAAAACGCGAGCGGCACGGUUCUGAAGCUUCUGUAGCCUGUCAAAUAAUGUUUUACCACAAUUACCCCAGACAAGAUUGCAAUAAUCGAAAUGAGAUUGAAUUAGUGAGUUGUAUAUAUAGUGAAGGGUAGGUGGAGGGACAAAAGGUCUAAUUCUUUUUAUUGCUCCAAUUCCGGAAGCGACCUUUUAGAUAAUUUAUCAAUGUGUGUUUGCCACCGUAGAUUUUCAUCAAUAAAUAUUCCAAGCGAUUUGACAGAGGAAACGUGUUCUAUCGGAACAUUAUUAAUCGAGAGCUCAAGUGGGUUCGACAAAGUACUCAAUUUUUGUCUGGAGCCAAUUAGCAUGAAUUCAGUUUUAGAAGUGUUCAAAGUAAGUUUAUUGAAAUAAGCCAUUUGUUUAGGUUAUCUAAAUCGUGACUCAGAGUUAACUGUAUUGAAUUCACAUCAACGCCAGCAUAAGUAAUGUGGGUGUCAUCGGCAUACAUUCUAGGCUGGCACGAAGUAAGGCAGUUUGGCAAGUCAUUAAUAUAAAUAAGAAAUAAAAGGGGGCCAAGGAUUGUUCCUUGCGGUACCCCACAUUUAAGAGAGCAGAUUCUAGAAAGAGAACCGUUAACAAGACAUCGUUGUGUACGAUUAGUUAAAUACGACCUAAACCAAUCAAGAGCUGUACCUUGUAUUCCGUAAAGGUUCAUUUUAGCUAGAAGGAUAUCGUGGUCAACGGUGUCGAAAGCCUUUUUUAAAUCGAGGAAAACCACAGCAUUAACAUUGCCACGAUCAAUAUUAAAGGCCCAAUUAUCUGUAGCUUCCAGAAGGGCAGUUGCAGUUGAGUGUAACGAGCGAAAACCCGAUUGAUGAUUAGAAAUGAUAUCUUCAUUGGUCAAAAAGUUAUACAACUGAUCAUAAACAAUCCUUUCAAACACUUUAGCUAUAACGGAAAUGACUGAAAUAGGUCGAUAAUUAUUCAGAUCAGAUGGCUCACCUUCCUUGAACAACGGAGUAACUCUAGCACAUUUCCAAUCAUCAGGAAAUAUACCAGAGACUAAAGAUUUAUUAAAGAGAUCACAUAGUGAAACUGAAAUAAGAUCAGCACAUUCACGCACAAUUUUAGCAGAAAUAUUAUCAAGACCAGUUGCUUUAGAUCUACAUAAUUUGUUUAGAUGUGAGAAAACAAUGCUGCAGUUAGUCGAGGAGAAGCUGAAAUUGUUGUUAUUUACCUUUAUAUUAUUGAUAUAACUUGAAUUAUUUUCAGCAGUUAGAGGUAUUUCAUUAGCAAGUCUGGGCCCAAUUGUUGAAAAAUGGUCAUUAAAAGCAUCAGAAAGCUCACUAGAAUUAGAGAUAAUGGUAUCAUUCAAUUUCAGUUCUUUCACCGUUGUAUUAUUCACACGACGGGAUGUAAGCUCAUUAAAGGUUUGCCACGUUUUUCGAGGAUUACCCUUAGAUUGAAUAAAUGCAUUAGAAUAAUAAGAUGCUUUAGAAAUUUUGAUGUCAUUGUUUAUUAUAUUUCGCAACUUUUUGUACCUUUUCCAAUCGUGUGGAUCAUUCGAUGUAAUUGCUUUUCUUUUGGCAGCAUCACGAUCACGCAUGCCUUUCUUUAAUUCUGAAUUGAUCCAGGGUGCUUUAUUUGUUCUAGUACGUCUAGUUCGGAGUGGCGCAUGAAUAUUAACAAUAUCCAAAAACUUCGUUUUCCAGUCAGUCCACAAAACAUUUGGAUCUUCAGAAACAUUACAGGACCAGUCUUGCUGAGCGAUAUCGUUACGAAAACUCUCUCUAUUAAAAUUUUGGAAAUUUCUAUAAGAAAUGGUUGAGUGCCCUUUUGAAGGAAAAGUGAGAGAUAAUUUCCUAUAAACGUAAAUAAGGCUAUGAUCGCUGAUACCAAUAUGAGAGACUCCGGAACAGACUACCCUGUCAGUAUAGUUUGUAUAAAUUAAAUCAAUUAAUGUUGAAGAGGAUUCCGUUAUGCGAGUAGGUUCAGUUAUAAGCUGUUGAAGCCCAAAUAAAUCAGAAAUUUCACAUAAGCGUCGAGUAUUUAAAUCAUAUUGUGCAGAGGCCAGGUUACAGUUUAAAUCACCUAGCAGAUAAUAUUCUAGGCCGAGGGAAUCUAAUUUCUCAAGAAAUGAUUCGUAAUGUAAAAAUAAAUCAAUUGAGGAGCAAGGAGGUCUGUACCAAGUGGCUAUCAGAAAUGGCCUGGAGUUUGGUUUCCGAAUCUCUAUACAUAAAUUUUCAAGACUGGGUGCAUUCAAAUCAGAGCGAACUCCAAAAUUAAUCGAGGUUUUUAUAUAAAAACCUACUCCUCCUCCUUGUCUGUUUCUAUCACGACGAAUAAAUUCAUAGCCUGGUAUUUGGACCUCACAACUAUUGAUAGAGUCAUCAAGUUUAGUUUCAUUAAUUGAGAGAAUAUCAAUGGAGCGAUCGGCAAGGAGAAUUCUUAGUUCAUCAAUAUGCUUUGUAAGACUAUUAAUGUACCUCUUCCAGUUUGUCAAAUGUCAGCGAAUUUUCCUGGAGUUGAAUUUUUAAAGACUACAUCGAUAGCCUGCAGACGCCCCCUCCCCUCCCAAAAAAAAAAAAUCAGAAAGAGAAGGCGGGGGGAGAGAGAGAGAAGAGUCCAUCUCCCCGAUUUGUUUUAGGGGAGGGCUCGUCUGUACACAGGCUACACAUCGAAGGUCUGCAAAAGAACAAGAAAAACAUCGUCCCUUUACGUCCUCCACAAAACGUCAGGUGUCGUUGUCGUGCAGUGACGGAAAAAAAUGCACCUGCAAGUGUGAUGCACGAGCAGUUUUUUUACGUUUCCGCUGCCGUUGCCCUCGCUGUCGCGGUCGUCGUUCGUUUAAGCUCCCUUAAACCAGAGGGAAAAUAACAUCGUGUUCUUUAAGCAAUAUGAUUGUCUUCAAUGAAAAGGAAAUUCUACUUCGGAUCAGAACUUACCGACAUAUGCACAUUUGUAUUAAUCAUAUUAUACAGGGAUUUCUUACAGGAUACUCCCAUAGGAAUAAAUGAAUGGACUACUUUAUUAGUGUAUCAAUCUUCUAGUCAGCUACAGGAAACCUACCAAUCGGGGAUACCUAAAUUAAUUAAUAGUAAAACCUUUAUCAAGGGGUUUUUUGUUCACGCACUUGUAUUCGAAAUUUUUCCUUUACCUUAUAAAACAAGCGUCUGUUACACGUCCCGGGCCAAUUUAUCGUUUGACUCAGUGACAAAAUCAGUGUUCUCCCUACACAGGUUUGCCAAGUGACCCGGCCAGCUAAUUCCCGGCAGAGUUCAUACAUGAACAUAGGAGAACGAGAAAUGUCGGACUGUGUGCUUGAUGAGCAGAGUGGGCAAUGUCAGUUGACGUAUGGAGUGGAAGGAAGCAAUAAAAUGUAAAUAAGUGAUAUUUGAUUUCUCCUGGAUUUAUCAUUAUUCUAACCUUCGAACAAAUUCCCUAGGGAGCCUCCGGAGCGGGAAAGAAAAGGGAGAGUUUUAGCUACUCCUGGGAAUUCUUAGAGGGGGGAGUGUGCCGCCCGUUUUUCCAAAUCCUGACCCUGUUUCAGACCAAAAAGGUCAUUUUCUACACCCUUUUUCAGACCUUUACAUUGGCAGAAAUUUUGUCAUCGUUACUUAGACUAGAACGCUAACAAAAAGAUUCCUCAAAAUCCAUUUUGAAUUCGCAUAUUACUCUUUCUUUGUUACGUAAUACGUUUGGAAUUUAAAGGACAAAUUCUUUCAUACACUUUCGUAGUUCCCGCGGAAACCAUACCGUUUUCUUACCGAAACGGCGCACAAAAACAAUGUUCUUUCGGGCGGCAUAUACCUUUUUGUAUUAUAUAAGGGAGUACCCCUGGGGAGUUUUAGUCCCAUUUUUUAGUUCACCUUUUUUGGCAAUUCAAGUGCUCCUUCCGUCAGUUUGGUUCUUGUUUAUCAUCUCUCGCAGAACUACGAUUUCCCUAGUCUGCAGCGCCACAGAAGAAGGAAGAGUGGACCCAAUGGUCUCCGAUUCCUCGUCUUUCGUAAGUAAUUUACUGAAAGCGGAUUGCUGAAUCCUGGAAUCUUCUUUAACGUAAACGUAUCCAAAAUGAGAAACGUCUUUCGAUGCAACGAAAUAUUUGUCUCUAUAGUAUCUCAGUUUUCCAGCUCCAGGGAUUUGUUAACAUUUUUUAUACCCGCGUUUAAUGCUACCUGGAUAUAUCAGCCUUGGUCAUCUUCGCAAAACCGCUUACGACGUUCUGUAAGUCUAGGGUUUGUAACCGAAGGCAAGGUGGUAAAGUUAACACGUCCACAUGUCCACUAAGGGAGCGCGGAAAAACUUUUCGAGUAGCACAAUCCCCCAAAAUUCAAAGUCCUAGAAGAUAAUUAGUAUCAUUCUAACCUAGAUAGUAGAUGAAACUUGGUUGGGAAGCCGACAAACAUCAACAAGAAAACAGCGGUGCUGCAGUUAAUGUUGGAAGCUUCCUCAGGGGCACCCAACGAGAAUAUAGUUCAAAACCACUUAAACAUAGCAUUGUUAAACGUAUUUUAGUAUUUAAACGGUAGAUAUAGGCAUAUUUUUAUCCCCUAAAAAUUUUUCAUCUGUUCGGAUUUCCCAGCUGAAAGUCUAGUGAUCCGAAAAUUAUAGGGAUCAAAACUUACCUUUUCGAAAAUUUCAGCCUGAAAAAAGGCUCCCGAAAAUUCUAGGUGACCAUUUUAGGGUAAAAAUCCGUUAAAAAUAGGCAAUUAUACCAUUUUUUAGAUGUUCGAAAAUCCUAGGAGAGGCAGGCAAGCAAGAAAUUUUACAACAAAUGUUUCGAAAAUUCUAGAUCUUAAAUAGUCUUCCGAACAGAUAUUCUUCCGAAAAUUGUCGUUGGGUGCCCUUGCUUCCUGACCAUGCACAAUAUCCCUUGAUUUUUGUUCACAAGUUGUGACUGAAUGAGACGUUUCUAUUGGUCAGUAAGUUCAAAAUGCCAAAAAUGAUAGGAAUGCUAUUGAACUUCGUGUACAGUCGAGUCUAAAAAAGCUAACAAAAACAUAUAACAAAGGAUUCAUAACCACUUCCGCUUUAUUAACUAUGUUCUAACGUACCAAUGAAAAACUGUCUUUGACCUGUCACAAUACAUGAUUUCUUUUACUCGUGCAUAACAUCUCACCAGGACAGCUCACUUAAACGCAAGAACCGAAGGGUUGACUGUUAUUUUGUUUAUUGGUUCUUUCUUUGCAGAGAACAUCAUUACAUAGCGUCUGCGCAUGCCCAGGGAAGUGUUCCCUAGGGAUCAAGGGAAAUGCGGGGAUACAGUACGAAUCCAGCUCUGACGACAAAGGAGGCCUUAGUAUCGGAGCUAUCGUCGGUAUUGCGUGAGUACAAGUCACAAACAGGGUUUUGUGGUUACUUUUGGGCAAGCGCUCUAUAACCGCGUCCCAGACGUAAUCUUGGUUAGUAACGUCUGCGAAGUAGCGCCGAGAGCCUUGUUCUUGGCUCCCAACGCAGUGAACGGACUCAAUGAAUUCCCAGUUGAACAGGGGCUUUUUUAACAAGCCAACCAUGGCGUUUACUCAAAUCCUGGGCCCACAAGAAGGGACGCUUUCCAUUAAGGUUCCGUCCACCCGAAAUAUUUGGGACCACCUUUGGUUGGUUGGAACGAAAUGUCCCUUUUCAUUUUGACAAAAUUGAUGUCCCCUGUACCGCUUUUCUGUAUCUUGCUUGCAAGUACAACAACCUCGUCCCCAGUCGUCUUCCAAUAUGGCGGUGAUAUGGUGAUAUGGGCAUCCCCAUUCCCAAAACAAGUGAUAUGUGCAUGCCUUGUAACCCUAACCCAAAUGGCUUAGGUGAAAUGAAAAGGGAUGCCAAUAUAACUAGGGUUUUGGGAAUAGGGAUGCCCAUAUCACUGUAACAGUGGCGACGAGAAGACCCUGGGACGAGGUUGCAAGUACAAUAACCAUACGUGCGGUGGCUUGGUUCGGGUCUGUGAAAUUAUAAUUAUAUUAAAUUAUAAUUAUAUUAAAUUAUAAUUAUAUUUUUUUUGGAAAGCGCCCAAGGAUUUCGGAGCUGGCUCGUGGACGGACUUAACCAGACUUUUAAUUUUAGGGCUAGCGCUCCACAAUCCGUUUGAAAAAAUGCCGUCUCUUUUAUGUCAGAAUUUCACCAAAAUAUUUUCUCAUAAUCUCAUUGCCCACCAAUAGAAGUGUUUAAUGUUGAUUUUGCAUGUUAUCAUUGCAGCAUUGCAGGUGUUAUAUUUCUGAUUCUUCUGGCGUUCGGCAUUCUAAUUUGUUGCUUGCGUCGCAAACUGCCGUCCGGGGUACCAAAACCCUCCAUUUGUACCACAAUCAAGGUAAAUCAUUUACAGUGA